UCCCUCUCUCUCCCAGCUCGCCUUGCCUUGCAGAUCAGUCUCUCCGCGGCUCGGUCUUUCUGCAUAGGCAAUCACAGCUCUUACUUGCAGACUCAACUCUCCCUCUCACACUGAUUGCAAUGAAUUUUCUGCCUGAAUGUAGGUCGCUUACAACCGAGAACACGAGUUUCCUUCAAAUCCAGUGUUGUUGUCUUUCUUCUUGUUAUUUUUAAUUUUUCCCCCCCUUUCGUGGUCGUUGCAUUCCUUUGGAGAAGCCAAUCGCAUUGGAUUCCAAAAAGGAGAGCAAGAACCGUAUGUGAAUAAUCCUGGCUGCAUGAUAGCCCGAGAGGAUUUCCCGAAAGAUUCUGGCUGUGUAAAAAAGAUCCCUAUGCUUCUGCAGCUAUCCCAGUUUUAAGGAAAAAUUCCUGCUGUAACUAAAAUGACAUCAUGCUGCCUCCUAUGGGGGAAUGCUGAAGCCUUCUCAAAAAUACAACACAGUGGCUGACUGAGUGGGCUGGACAUCACUGAAAGGAGCCAUUUCACUGGGGCAGUGGAAUAACUGCGGAUCUCUCACCACUCUACUUCUUGGGAAGUGCUGUGCGUUGCCAGGAUUAAUUCAACACUAAAGUCUGGGAUGGGCCUUAGGGGCAAACACUCCCUUGUUUCUUCUGACACUGGGAUUUGUCUACAGCCAGUCAGCUGAGGCACCUACCACACAUCAGCUUUUGUUUUUUUGUAACCUGAACAAGGUUACAUUUUCCCUCACUUAAUCUCCUUUUGACUACUUUUUUAUUAGUUUGCAUUUUCCUUGACUGAUUAAUUUUCUCCUGGCGGUGGAAAAAAGAGCCCUGCUGAUGUUGAUUUAAAUAAUGUCGAAACCAAUGGGACUCCUAUGGCUGCCUUUGAUCUUCACACCAGUGUGUGUCAUGUUGAAUUCUAACUUCCUCCUGUGGAUAACUGCACUGGCUAUAAGAUUUACUCUCAUUGAUGGCCAAGCACAAUACCCAGUUGUUACUACGAAUUAUGGCAAAAUACGUGGUUUAAGAACACCUUUGCCUAAUGAGAUCCUUGGUCCAGUGGAGCAGUACCUGGGUGUUCCUUAUGCUUCUCCUCCGACUGGAGAAAGGCGAUUUCAGCCCCCGGAGCCACCAUCGUCUUGGACAGGUGUCCGCAAUGCCACACAGUUUGCCGCUGUCUGCCCACAGUACCUGGAUGAGAGGUCACUGCUCAACGAUAUGCUGCCAGUCUGGUUUACAGCCAAUCUGGAUACUGUGGUGACAUAUGUUCAAGACCAAAAUGAAGACUGUCUGUAUUUGAAUAUCUAUGUGCCCACAGAGGAUGGAGCCAACACAAAGAAAAGCGCAGAUGAUAUAACCAGUAAUGAUCGUGGUGAAGAUGAAGACAUUCAUGAUCAGAACAGCAAGAAACCUGUUAUGGUCUACAUCCAUGGGGGAUCUUACAUGGAGGGUACUGGAAAUAUGAUUGAUGGCAGCAUUCUCGCAAGUUAUGGAAAUGUCAUUGUUGUCACUAUCAAUUACAGACUGGGGGUUUUAGGUUUUUUAAGUACUGGGGACCAAGCUGCAAAAGGCAAUUAUGGAUUGCUUGACCAAAUCCAAGCUUUACGAUGGAUUGAAGAAAAUAUUGGAUCUUUUGGAGGAGACCCGAAGAGAGUUACUAUUUUUGGAUCUGGGGCAGGAGCUUCCUGUGUCAGUCUGCUGACACUCUCCCACUAUUCAGAAGGUUUGUUCCAAAAGGCAAUCAUACAGAGUGGAACAGCCCUGUCCAGCUGGGCAGUGAACUAUCAGCCUGCCAAGUACACUCGGAUAUUGGCAGAUAAAGUGGGCUGCGACAUGCUGGAUACCACUGAUUUGGUUGAAUGUCUGCGGAAUAAGAAUUACAAAGAACUCAUUCAACAGACUAUCACUCCAGCCACGUACCAUAUUGCCUUUGGGCCUGUGAUAGAUGGAGAUGUGAUUCCAGACGACCCUCAGAUUCUAAUGGAGCAAGGGGAAUUCCUUAACUAUGAUAUAAUGCUGGGUGUGAAUCAAGGGGAAGGUUUAAAAUUUGUGGAUGGCAUUGUAGACAAUGAAGAUGGUGUUUCUCCCAAUGAUUUUGACUUCUCUGUCUCCAAUUUUGUGGACAAUCUAUAUGGUUAUCCAGAAGGGAAGGAUACACUGCGAGAGACCAUUAAAUUCAUGUACACCGACUGGGCAGACAAAGAGAACCCCGAAACAAGACGGAAGACCCUGGUUGCUCUUUUUACAGACCACCAGUGGGUUGCUCCAGCUGUUGCCACAGCUGACCUGCAUGCCCAGUAUGGAUCUCCAACAUAUUUCUAUGCAUUUUAUCACCAUUGCCAAAGUGAAAUGAAACCCAGCUGGGCUGAUUCAGCUCAUGGUGAUGAAGUCCCUUAUGUGUUUGGGAUUCCUAUGAUUGGUCCCACAGAACUCUUCAACUGCAACUUUUCCAAGAAUGAUGUCAUGCUCAGUGCAGUGGUUAUGACAUACUGGACUAACUUUGCCAAAACUGGAGAUCCAAACCAGCCUGUUCCACAGGACACAAAGUUCAUCCACACAAAACCCAACCGCUUUGAAGAAGUGGCCUGGUCAAAAUACAAUCCUAAAGACCAACUUUAUUUACAUAUUGGCCUGAAACCCCGAGUUCGUGAUCACUAUCGAGCAACAAAAGUUGCGUUCUGGUUGGAGCUCGUACCACACCUUCACAACCUGAAUGAAAUAUUUCAGUAUGUUUCCACAACAACUAAAGUCCCCCCUCCUGACAUGACCUCCUUUCCAUAUGUGACCCGACGUUCUCCUGGUAAAUUAUGGCCAGCCACCAAGCGCCCAGCAAUGACACCUGCCAACAAUCCCAAACAUUCAAAAGACACCCAUAAAACAGCUCCAGAGGAUACAACAGUUCUGAUAGAAAACAAGCGAGAUUACUCCACGGAGCUGAGUGUCACCAUUGCUGUGGGGGCCUCCUUGCUGUUCCUCAACAUUUUAGCUUUUGCUGCAUUAUAUUACAAGAAGGACAAGCGGCGUCAUGAGACUCACAGGCGCCCCAGCCCCCAGAGGAACACCACCAAUGACAUAGCACACAUACAAAAUGAAGAGAUCAUGUCCUUGCAGAUGAAGCAGCUAGAACAUGACCACGAGUGUGAAUCGCUGCAGGCCCAUGACACACUGAGACUCACCUGUCCACCUGACUACACGCUCACUUUGAGAAGGUCUCCAGAUGACAUCCCGCUAAUGACACCCAACACCAUAACCAUGAUUCCAAAUACAUUAACAGGAAUGCAGCCUUUGCAUACUUUCAACACCUUCAGUGGAGGACAAAACAGUACAAAUUUGCCCCAUGGACAUUCAACCACUAGGGUAUAGCUCAGCCCUUCCCCAUCUACCCUCACAAGCCACUUGGAAGAAAGAAAAAAAGAAAAAAAAAAAAAAAAAAGAAAAAAAGAAGAGGAAAAAGUUAUCUACCAUCCCUUGAAUACCUUGUCAAAAUCUAAAGUAAAAAUAAGUAAAAGAGAAGGACAGUCAUUAUUUUCUUACUGAUCCUUCCCACAGAAACUCACUGAUGUUAAAGAUCAACUACAAACCCUGUGAAAUGUGAAAAGUGUACAUUGCUGUUACGAUACUGCUUUAAGAUCUCAGCCACUUUGAUUGAAAGUUAAGGCCAGAAGAAGUCAUUUAAAAUGGUGUUUUAAGUGUAACAAGCAAAGCAGAAUCUUCUGGAACACAAAGCCAGUGACUGUACAGGUGUUUUGGUUUGGGUUUUUUUUUUUAAUAAAUAAAAUUAUAAAAAAGAUUCUUUAUGUGCCAUACCAUGAAUGGCCGUUGAUAAAACAAAGACAUCACCAUGGGCUUUUACCCAGCAUAUGAAGCUGUAAUUCAGAUGGGGAAAAUAGAAUUUUAUUAUUAAAAACAAAAAUGAAAAAAAAAAAAAAAAGAGGAGGACUGACUAUGCAGUAAAACACGUAUAGUUCUGUGCAAAGAGAUGACUUGCCAGCCUGAACUAUAUUUAAAGAAACUUUGUAAAAAUGUACAUAGCUGUGAGUUUAAAAACAAACAAAAAAGAAGCAGCUUUUAUUGAUGUUUUCAGUUUGAAAAGAGCUUUUAGAAAGAUUGUGCAUUCGAUUGUGACCUAUGUGUAUAUACAUUAGUCAUAUGACCUCUGUUUCCUCCAAGACCAAAGGAGGAAUUUCUUCUUAAUUACUAGUGGUUAACAAAAACCAUGAGUUUUUUCUAACAUGUUUCAUUUAUAUGAGGCCAUGGUGUCAUGCAGAGGAUACAGUUGUCUGUGUGACCUGCGUAUUUUCUCUUACAGGUUACACUAGUGCAUGUUAAAGUAUUCAUAGGAGAUUGUUGUUCUUUUCUGAAACAUUUUUUCUAUAAUUUAAUUUUGUGUUAGCCUUUGUUAAAUUCCAACACAGCAAUGGAUUGGAAAACAAAGAGAAAAAAUACAAAAGAAAAUAAUUACUAUUUAAGCUUGUUGAACUGAACCAAGAAACAUCCAAUAAUAUAUAUUUGGAGUUCAGUUUGUAGUUCUUGGUUAUUGUGAUACAUUCGGAAGAGUUUUGUGCCCUGACAAAAGCAACGAAAGCCUGUGUUUUGGUCAGCCUUCUUUGGGGAAAACUAGCUCUAUAUUCACCAGCAGUUGCAGAGGAAUCUCAGCUGAGAAAGCACCUCCUUAAUAUUGCUAAACAAAAUAAAACAACAAUUUGAAAGUUGGGAAAUGCAGGGUUGGUUGGCUGGCUGUUUUUCAAACUGUUCAGAGUGAUGAGUGUGUAAAGAACUUCUCAGCCCAGUAUCUUGUUUUGCGCUUGAGAGUGUAUCUGUCAGAAAAUUCUUAUUUGCUGAUUCAUUGCACAGCAGUCCCAUAGUCAGUGAGCAUUAUGGAGACAGAAGCAGAGAAAUCAUCAGCUGUUCUGCAUUUGAACAAUAUUGAAAAUCCCAGAGAGUAUCACUCUCAGGAAAGGCAAAAUUAUUAGCUGAUUAUUCCCUUCUGCCUUUCCCUCACUAGAAAAAGAGGGGCCAAGCAGAGCUAUCAAAGUAACCUAGGAGUUUGAUUCAAACAACUGAUUUGAAUGUGAAAAGCUAGAAAACAGUUUUUGCAGAUGAAGAUUGCUUUAUAUUUUGUCUUUGAAAGUUACUCCAUCAUCGAGAGAUAGUAACCAAAGAUCUUUGAACAAAUUGGUCUGCACUUGAACGUGAUUAUCCCAGAUGUAUUUUCUAUUAUUAAUUCACAACUAAACUGCAUUGAUAUCAUAUUUCCCAUAAAGAUUAACACAAGAUGCCUUGUACUUCUUUUUGUUUUCUACACUUUUUGUUUUCUAAUAAAAUACCUUGAAAUAGUCACCCCUACAAAUAAAAUCAAAGACAAGGUGAUUCACUGAGGUCUAUUCAUCUGCACAACUUUUUGUUGUAGCAGGCAGUAAAGCAAAUUCUGAAGGAAAGAAAUAAAAAGUAAAUGACAUGAUAAAAAUGCAACAUGUGGCUGAUACAAUCCUUUAUCUGCAGUAAAUGUGCUAUAAAUCUGACCUGGGAGCUCAGGUUGGAAUGAGAUGAAGCAGCAACCCCAAAGUACCACUAGUAGAAAAUGGAAAAUUGUUUUGUUUUUUUCACUGAUCCAUCAAGUAAUAUAUUAAUGCUGACUCUAUACCAGGCCACUUCCACCAGCUAUGUAAUGCCUCAGCUGAGAUGCAGCAGUUCAUAACUCUUAGAAAAAGGUUUAAAAAAAAAGUAAAAAAAAAAAAGUAAAAAAAUAAAGGUAAUGGUGCUUGGCAUCAUAAUCAGUUGGGUAUGUUUGUAAUGUGAAUUACAGUAUUUGUUUAGUACUUCCAAUUGUCUUCUGCUAGCAAUAUGUACAGUACUGUGUCAGGCUUGUGACAUUUGGGUAAAAAAAGUUCCUGUAAGUGAAUGAUUUUAGCUUUUAAAAGUAAUUACAAUCAAGUUGAUUUAAUAAUUUGAUACAUCUGGACUGAUGUAUGAUUUAUAGAGGGAACAGAUUUAUAGGGUCUUCAUAGAAUUCUAUAAUAAUGAUAUCAAAAUAUACUUUGAAACUGUAAAAGAAAAACAAAAGUACUUUCCCAGGCUUAUAUUCUUGUCCUUAAGAGGCACACAGGGUUCAAUGGUUUCUUCUGUUAUUGUUUUGCAAUUUUUUGGUUUUUUUGCCUUAAGUAAUGAUAGAAGAUAUAUAUGGCUGGACACAUAUGUAUAAACUUUUCAGCAGCAUUUUUAAUAAUAAAAUAUCACGGUAUUUUCUAAUGCUUUGUGCAAAUAACUACGUGUUCAUCCUUUUGUGUAGAAAGUCUUUCAGAGGUGUGUUUUCUGCCCCAUCUCCAUUUCAUUAUCUAAUGUAAACAAUGCCUUGAUACUCAGUAUAAAAAUAUUAAAGUAACAGAGGUUGCACUUUUAAGUUAGCAUUGAGUUUUCAUGGCUGUUGUAGUUCUAUAAGCCUGCCAGUAAAAGAAAAGCAACUCAGACAAUGAAGAUAUAAGAGAAUACGCUCCAUAUAUGUAUUACCUGUAUACACUGCAAUUCCCAUUGAAACAAUGGUUUAAUUGUUUUGUUCGUAUUUUCUGAGGCACUGAAAAAAAAGCUGGGUAAGCAGUUUCCCCUAUUCAUGUACAGCUUAGCAGCUGAAAAACGCUAAAAAACAUAUCUUCCAAAUUAGGGAUCAAAAUAAUGCAGAUAAAUCUAUGAUUUAUGUCAUGCUCCAUGAGUCAAUAGACUUUACUUUUAUAUUUUAAAUUUAGAUAAGCAAUGAGUUUUGUGAGAAAAAAAAAUAUGUAAGAGUAGCAACAUAUGUUACUCAUAUGUAUUUAAGGUAUUUACACAUAUUGCAAGGAUGUUAAUGUCAUUCUUCCUUCAAAGGCUGAGUAAGUAAAUAGUUUGUUCUUUUAUGAUGUUAGAUUCUGUUUAUCAACCAGGUUUCCUUUCACUGGAAAGGUACGUAGACACUUUAGUAAUUUGAGCUGGGUAUUGUUUUGUUUCUGUAACUAUUCUGCUGAAUAGAGGUACUAACAAUAAUAUUUGACAAAUUUUGAGCAUAUUAGUGAAAAGUAAAGUCUGAAUUAUUCAUAUCAAAAUUUUUGAUAUGAAGAAUCAAGCUUCUGAAAUAGAAAUAUGCGCCUACUGACCUAAUCAAGCAUAUUGAAUUUUGAAUAUUGAACUUGUAUAUAAUGCUUUUGCAAAUAAACUGCAGAUUUAGAGUUGUUCAGCAAAUAUGUUUAAUUACAGGUACACUUCAAAAUUCCACAACUUGCUCUGAGAUAAUUCAUACACACAAAAAGGGGUUACAAUUGUGUCAUUUCUGUGAAUUGUUCACCAUAAAUUUCUGGGUCAACUCAGUAAAUUAGCUUCUUUUAAGCUAAUCAGUUUCACAUUUUAAAAAAAGGAACAUCUUCAGAACUUUGUUCAUGCUAACUUAAUACUGUGUUAUUUUAUUUCUUUACUGUCUGAAAUAUAAAUAUGCAGAUUAGUAUGUUCCUAUUUUGGCUUUGCUAAGAGUAUUACAAUUUAAUGGUAUUUAAUAUCACAUAAAAAUCAUAUGAAAUAAUACCAUGACAAUUAUGUGCUUGUCUCAGAUUUGUGGUUUUACAUUUGUAUUAUUUAAUUAUUGUCAACUGUUUCUCAUAUUUUCAUCUACAGCUGUUUGGCAUCGCAAACCUCAUCAGCCUGAAUCUCUCCAGAGGCCAUUAGCAGCUGGUAAAAACUGGGAUUAUUAUCCCACCAGAAAUUAUGAUAUUAUAUAUUUAAUAUCAUAAUAUUUUAAAAGCUUCUCAACACAUCAAAAUAGCCUGAAAAGUAAGAUAGUAACCUCUUAAAGUAAACAAAAAAUAAAGAAGGGGUUUGGAAAUGUCUAAACAUCUUGUUUGAGCUGUAGCAUAAUAAAUAAUAUUUCACUUUUGGAUGAAGUUUUGAUUCAAGCCAUUUUGUUUGGUGUUCCACAGUGGGUGCUAAGGUCCUCACUGUGUGUUCUAAAAGUUAAAUUAUGUUUUCAUGAAGUUAUGUUAGUCUUUUGCAGAUUACCCAAUUUAUUUCAUCCAAUUUUUACCCAUGUAAAGAAAACCAGAUCACUCAGGGAUGACUUAGACACAAUCCAGUCACAAAGUCCAAACCAGAGAAGGAGUUUUGUCAUAAGCCAAGUGAACAGCAGCUCCCCUAAGACACAGUAGUAAUUAAAGAGAAUAUGCAGUAAUAUCCCAACAAGUCAAAUGUAAAAUAAACAUCUAAUAAAUAAGGUAAGUUCCAUUGUUAUCAAAGGAAAGUUUACAAAUUUUUGCAAUACCUACAUUUUCCUAACUUCACUUUCCACCCCUUCUCCACAUAAAAUAACAAAAUCUUUUCAGACAGUAUUUUCUGAAAUAUCCAUAUACAUAAGUGAGAAACGAAAGAGAUGACCUCUUCUUGUUUUCCCUUCUACAUAAAAAUCCUCAAGUGCUGAAAGCACAAAAUAUUCCUCCUCUAGUGCCUUUUAUCAAGGCUUCUAAGUUAGCUGGGAGAUUCAGAGUAGUCUCACUCCUAGGUCUCCAAGUGUAAAUAAAAGGGAAAAUCUGGAAAAAGAACUGACAUAUAUUGGCUUUGACUUAGAAUACACAGCACAGUUGUAUUUCUCUCCAAGAGCCAAAGAUGCAGCACGAAAACAGAAGAGAGCUUUACCUACGUUUUAUUUUUAAAAUACUGCAUUUCUAGAAGCCACUUUUUUUUCAAGAUUUUGUUGUCCGGUAUCUUGCUUUUUGCUGUACCUAACUCAAAGCCCUCACUCAUUUCAUGUCCUCUCAUAUCUUUUAUCUCUUUUUACAUCAGAUAUUUUCCAAGAGAUACAGAUAUGUUUUCAUGUGUGGUUUUCUUCUGUCACAACAUUUAAGUUUGGCUUCAGACUUGUUCCGUUCUGUACUGUAUGAUUGUGAGAGAGCAUUUUUCAUCUGACAUUUUCCUUGCUGCUUUUAGUGUUUAAGAAGUGCUACUGGAGGGGUAUUUAAAUGACAGUAUUCCUCAUCCUCGAAAGGCAUCGAUCUCCAUGACUGCAUUUUGAGCCAGCCUAACAGCUUUGCUUUGACACGGUGUAUGACUUAGUGGGAAGUGUCAGCCUGCAGCCAGCUCUCCUGUUACUCUGCAGCUUUUAUUAUUAUUAUUCACUGUUGGCAUUUGUUUCUUUACUAUAUUGAUCUUCAAUCAAAGGUAAAUUAAGUUAGUAUGUCAUUCUAUUCCACAGAAAGAUUUCUCAAACCCUACAUUGUUUGUAAUUCUUGUUUAGAUACAGCUAAUUACAUUGUUCUGGCAAAACAUAAAAACCUUUCUAAGCUA